CUGCUUGUGUUCCUGAGUCACAUGGUCGCUCCUCUGGAAGUGCCUCUGGACCCUAAAGUUCUGGAAGGAUUACCGCAGCCACCCACCAUAACCCACGAGUCCCCGAAAGACUACAUCGUGGACCCACGGGAGAACAUCGUCAUCCGCUGUGAAGCCAAAGGAAAGCCCCAUCCUAGCUUCUCGUGGACGAGGAACGGGACGCAUUUCGACAUCGACAAGGACCCAAAAGUGAACAUGAAGCCCCACUCAGGCACACUGGUCAUCGACAUCAGCGGCAAGGACAAAGCCGAGGCGUACGAGGGGGUGUACCAGUGCACGGCCCACAACGAGCACGGGACUGCAGUUUCCAACAACAUCGUCGUACGCCAGUCCAGGUCCCCCUUGUGGUCAAAGGAGAGUAAUCCACCAUUCGUAGUGCAGGAAGGGGCAUCGCUGGUCCUGAAGUGCAGACCGCCCGCUGGACUGCCCCCACCCGUCAUCUUCUGGAUGGACAACAACUUCCAGAGGCUGUCGCUCAGCCGGCGUGUGUCUCAGGGCCUGAAUGGGGAUCUGUAUUUCUCCAACGUGGAGAUGUCGGACUCGCGCAGCGACUACAUCUGCUACGCCCGCUUCCCCCGCACGCAGACCAUCCAGCAGAAGCAGCCCAUCACCGUGCGCGUGGUCAACAUGGAUGCAAUCAAUGAAACAUGGCCAGGUUUUUUGAAUGAGACUGAUUUUUUUGGUGACGGGCAGACGGAAGAGCGCCGUCCAUCCUUCCAGGUGCCGUCGGGCCCCAGCAGCUCCAUGAUGGUCCUGCGAGGGCAGCUUCUGGAGAUGGAGUGCAUCGCUGAAGGCCUGCCCACUCCUGAGAUUACCUGGUCCAAGGUCAGUGGGGAGUUGCCCAGCAACCGGGCCACCUACCUCAACUUCCACAAGACGCUGCGCAUAGCGGUCGUGACGGAGGCGGACUCUGGCCAGUACCGCUGCACGGCCAAGAACACGCUGGGCUCCAUCCACCACGUCAUCACCGUCACUGUUAAAGCGGCUCCCUACUGGAUUGAGGCUCCUCAGAACCUGGUGCUGGCCCCCAGGGAGAAAGGCCAGUUGAUCUGCCGCGCCAGUGGCAACCCCAAGCCCUCCGUCAGCUGGUUCAUGGACGGCCUGCCCAUCCACAAUGCUCCGGAGGACUCCCGCAGGAAGGUGGAGGGCGACACCAUUAUGUUUGAGGACGUGGUGAGCGGCUCCAGUGCUGUGUACCAGUGCAACGCCUCCAACGAGCACGGCUAUCUGCUGGCCAACGCUUUCGUCAAUGUGCUGUCCGAACCCCCCAGGAUGCUGACCCCACCCAACAAAGUGUACCAGGUCAUCAUGAACCAGCAGGCCGCACUGGAGUGCUACUCAUUUGGCUCCCCCAUACCCAAAAUCACAUGGUUUAAGGAGAACCAUACCAAUGCUGCCCUGGAGGGCGACCCCUACAUCUUCUAUGAUAACGGCACGCUAGUGAUCCCAGUGGCCCAGGCCACGAACAGUGGCAAGUACACCUGUGUGGCCCUAAACAUGCUAGGCAAAUCAGACAAUCACGUCCACCUGGAGGUCAAAGAGCCGACCCGUAUCUUGAAGCAGCCCGAGUAUAAAGUGGUGCAGAGGAACCGAGACGUGGUGUUUGAGUGUCCGGUGAAACACGACCCCUCCCUCAUCCCCACCAUGAUCUGGCUGAAGGACAACGGAGAGCUGCCGGACGAUGAGAGGUUUGUUGUUGACUCGGACAGUCUGACCAUCACCAAGGUGACGGAGAGCGAUGCAGGAACGUACACGUGCAUCAUGAACACCACUCUGGACCAGGACUCCGCCAGCGCUGACCUCAGGGUCGUCGAGGUCGCCUAUGAGCAACCUGACCCCCCCAGUGACCUGGAGCUCACUGACCAGAAGCCGAGGAGCGUGCAGCUGACCUGGAUCCCAGGAGAUGACCACAACAGCCCCAUUAAGAGAUUCCUUAUUCAAUAUGAGGAUUCUCUCCAUGACCGUGGGAGCUGGCACAACCUGACGGAGGUCCCAGGCACAACGACCACGGCCCACCUCAAGCUGUCUCCCUUUGUCCACUACAAGUUUAGGGUGAUGGCUCUGAAUGAUGUUGGCUACAGCCUCCCCAGCCCGUCCUCCAGACACUACAAAACCAGAGCAGCAGCACCAGAUGUAAACCCCACAGGAGUCGAAGGCCUGGGAACUCAACCAGACAACCUAGUUAUACACUGGAAGCCACUGACCGGCCUGCAGUCCAACGGCCCCGGGCUUCAGUAUGUUGUUUGCUGGAGGCAGAAGUAUGUGGAUGAAGAUUGGCACUCGGUAAAAGUAGCCAACGUGUCCAAGUUCACCGUCCAGGGGACCCCGACAUUCACGCCCUAUGAGGUGAAGGUGCAAGCUGUUAAUGAGCACGGCUCUGGACCUGAGCCACUGCCCGUUACCGCAUACUCCGGGGAGGACUUGCCAAAGGCAGCCCCUGACAAUGUCCAGGUCCAGGUGAUUAACAGCACCUUGGCCCAUGUGCACUGGGAGUCCGUGCCCCUCAGCUCUGUCCGGGGACACCUCAAAGGCUACAAGGUGUACUACUCGCGCAAGGGCAGUCUGCACAAUCACAGUCCGCACCAUUCUGAACAACAGGUCCUCACCUUCAGUGGGAACCGGACUCACGGCAAACUGCCCGGUCUGCACCCGUUCAGCCGUUACGCGCUCAACGUCCGCGUGUACAACGGACGAGGAGAAGGACCCGCCAGCAGUGACGAGGACUUUGAGACUCCGGAGGGAGUGCCUGGGCAUCCAGCGUUCCUGAGAGUGGUCAACCCCAGCCUGGACUCCCUCACGCUGGAGUGGGGCCCUCCGCACGACCGCAACGGACGGCUGACGGGCUACACGCUGAAAUAUCAGCCAGUUAAUAACAGCAAUGAGCUGGGCCCAUUGAAGGAGGUCACAGUGGCAGCCAAUGAGACAAGCUUCACGCUACCCAACCUCAAGUACAGCACACGCUACAAGUUUUAUUUCAAUGCCAAAACCCAAAAGGGCCCUGGCCCCACCAUCACUCAGGAGGCCGUCACAGUCAUCGACGAAGGACACCCAGAACCCCCACCACCACACCCACACCCACUCUCCCCAACCUCACAGUCUGAACGCCACCCCCACCACACGGCGCGUCCAGCUGUUCCAGUGUCCUGGAACGUGAGCUCGUCCCUGGUAGAGGACGGAGCUCUGAUCAGUUGGGAGCACUGGGGACCCGAAAAGACAGUUUAUGUGGAAUAUGUAGAAGACAAUAACGAAGAAAAGAGGAGAAGAGAGCUUGUGAAUGGCUCGCAGUCCUAUGUUCUAAAGGGCCUGAAGGAGGGCCUGGCUUACAGAGUUCGCGUGGUGGCUUGGGGCCACGCUGAUCAAAUGGUCCACAGUUCGGAAGAAAUUUGGGUUACCGUUCCAGCCAUGGCCAGCAGGCAGGUGGACAUCGCUACACAGGGCUGGUUCAUUGGCCUCAUGUGUGCCAUCGCUCUCCUCAUCCUGGUCCUCCUCAUCGUCUGCUUCAUCAAGAGAAAUAAGGGAGGCAAAUACCCAGUAAAAGAGAAGGAAGAUGCCCAUGCUGACCCAGAGAUCCAGCCCAUGAAAGAUGAGGACUGUACUUUUGGAGAGUACAGUGACCAUGACGACCAUAAACCGUUAAGAGGAAGCCGCACUCCGUCCAAUGGGACGGUAAAGAGAGACGACAGUGACGACAGUUUAGUUGACUACGGGGACGGCGGCGACGGACAGUUCAACGAGGACGGCUCGUUUAUCGGGCAAUAUAGCGGCAGGAAGGAGCGGGACACGGCUGAGUGCAUUGAGAGCUCCGAAGCGCCGUCCCCCGUUAACGCCAUGAAUUCUUUUGUGUAACGCGGCCGAACCGGGGGCAAGCGUGCACCAUGGCGCUAAUGUUUCCGAUAAAGCUGACUGACCGCGCUAUGGACAGACCCUCUUUUGAGUGCCCAUUUUAAUAGAUACAAAGACAGAUGGACAACAGUCAAAGAGACAGAGGAACAUUUUGGUGUGGUAAGGG